AUGUUGGAAAGACGGAACGUUUUCAUUUCCGACGUGAUGAAGGAGGCCUCCUCCCCAAUGGUCUACAUCGGCCGAUUUUGGGGCCUCUUUCCGCUCACCAUCGAGAAACGCGGUCCGUAUUUCACGCUGAGGUGGUCGCAGAAGUACUCGCUCUACAGUUUUCUGCUGGGGGCCGCGCUCGUUUGCUUGACCGUCCACGGGAUGGUGAACGACCUGCAGGCCGGCAGCACUAAGUCAAUUCGCAUGAAGCAGCAAACUGGAAAGUACGUCACAAUUGGGGACAUCAGCAUUGUGGUCCUUAUCGUGUUCAUCGGAAUAUUUGGAACUCCGUUUAGGGCCAACGAUUUCUUCUCGUUCGUCGACGCCAUGAACGAGGUCGAUUCGAUCAUCGUGAUUUCCGACGCCAAAAGGGCGAGGAGGGUAUCGAUUUUGCGACUGUGCACGGUCUUAACGGCGGCGACCGCCAUACUCAUAUCCGAUUUGGCUAUGUGGUGGACCAUAGGUGAUCAGUCCCAGGGUAGCGAUUUUUUAAUCGGUAACUACGUCCCGUUCUACACCUCUUACUACGUCAUCCUUUUCCUCGAGUGCCAAUAUUGGCACUUGCUCUACUGCAUCAAGCGAAGGUUGCAGCUGCUGAACGCCUGCUUGAAAAUCAACGGCGUGACUCCGGAAGAUGCCAUUCGAGGUGUCAUCAACAAACCCUUUAGCCUCUUUAGGAAGACGCAGAAAUCGGAACCGAAGGUGAUUAGCGUAAUCGAUGCGCUUGGUAGGCAGAAGACCAUCGUGGACAUCUUCUUCAUACGCAACGCGGGCAAGUUGCAAGACAAAUCGGUCAACGACUACAUUGUGAAACUGACGCGGGUCUACCUGAAGCUGUGCGAUGCGGCGGACUGCGUCAACAACUGCUGCGGUCUGAGCAUUCUGAUUAUUUUAACCAGCUGUCUUUUGCACCUGGUGGUUACCCCCUACUUCUUGGUCUUGGAGAUUUUGGGUAGGAAAAACGUUCUGGUCGCGACCAUACAAAUGGUGUGGAUAUUUACGCAUUUAACUCGUCUGGUGAUCAUCGUCGAAGCGUGUUACGCCUGCACGUCGGAGGCGAGGAAAAUACGUCCGUCUAUUUGUAAGUUGCUCUGCUACGAUUUCGACGAAGACACGAGGAAACAGCUGGAGCUGUUCGCGGCUGAGUUGAAUCACCGGCAGAUUGAGUUUACUGCUUGUGGGCUCGUCAGAAUAGAUCGAGCUUUAAUAACAUCGAUUGCGGGAGCGGUUACAACGUACCUGGUAAUACUAAUCCAAUUUCAGAAGAACGACAAGUAAGAAAAAUGAAUUGCAC